UAAUACGAAAUGGUAACUACAAAAUUAUUCUGCGGAUUGGUUAUUCUUCUCGCCAGCCCCUUAUGCUGCUGGUCGUCUCGAGAGGACGAUGUAUUGAAGACUUUUUCGAUGAGCAAUACUAUAGCAGUGAGUGGAUCGAAAUUAAACCCAAAAGAGCUUGAAAAACAGAAAUGCACGCCGUCCUCUGCAGCAGAAUUAGACUCCUGUCAGAAAAAAACGAUCGGAAUUUUACAGACACUAAAUGAGAAGAAAUUGACAUCGUACUUGGGUUUCGCAAUGAAGUGCAAUAAUGGUUUCUGUAACUGCCAGGAAGCGGGUGCUAAGAUAAUGACGGAUAUCGGAAAAAAUACUCGAAGUCUCUGUCUGACGUCGGAUCUUGGAAUAGGUUUGGAAUGUAUUCAUCCACAGGAGUGUAAAAGUGGAUUCAUUUGUAUACCAGACGUUAAAUUGCCAAACAUAAGAACUUGUCAAUCUUCUGCCAUCUUCAUGCAGUGCAACUACAUUGUCACAAUUCUGUUCACCCUCAUUACAUCCUUCAUCAAUAAUUGAAUUGUAUUUAA